AUGUCCACCACAUCCAAUGUAGGCAUGAUCAUUUCCAAUGACGUUGUUGAUUACGAUGCAGGCGAAACAUCUGGGAAUGUACCACGUCCACGAUCCGACUUUAGAAAUGAUUAUGCAUACAAUGAACUCCGGACAAGACUAUCAUUCCCGAACAGUGAAUCCGCCUUCACCUGUUGGAAUACACGAACCGGCGCUCGCCAAACAAACUAUGGCACUCGCAUUGACUACAUUCUUAUUGAUCCAUAUUUGGCUCAACUUAUAUCCUCUUGUCUGCCGGUUGGCUCCUCACCUAUUUUUGAUGGGCAUUAUGCAGUCGAAAAUGAGGAUCAUGGAUCAAUCCCUCAUCCUCCACGUAAAGCUUCAUCUUCUUGGUGGACAACUAUUAUGCCAAGUGUGCAUGGAUCAGAUCACUGCCCCGUUUGGGUUCGUAUUCCGAUCGCCUUGGAUUUUAAUCACUCAUUGCCUAAUUCUUCUCAAACUGGUCUUCCGGAUUUUGAUGGGAAAUUGGCUGUUGUUUCCCAACCAUUACCUAUUCUUUGCACUUCCUAUUUGCCUCAAUGUCAAGGGGCACAUCGCCAGACGUCUCUCAGUUGUUUCGUCUCAACAAAAGGGAGUACUUUCUUGAAUUCUCCUUCACAACAACAUAUGCCCACCAUGAACCAGUCUUUGGAUGCCAACCAAUGCAGCACCCUUUUCAACAGACCUAAAUCCACUAGUCAGAUUGGGCUAGAAACUGCUCUUAAGGACGUCAAUAAAUCAGAAAAUCUCAAGCCCUGCAAUAAAUUCCAGAGCCGCAGACAUGUAUCUACGACGAAACAAACAAAACUUCCUCUUAUCAGAUGUAAAGUUUUCCCUACCUCCGUACGGUCAUACAAUCCAUCAACUUUUGGUUUCACUAACUGCUCAACAAGUAUUACUAGGAUUUUUCAUAAUUAUUUUCCCCAGUUAAGAUUUAUUAAACGGGCUCUUGAAUGCUUAUUAUGUUUGGAAAACAGAUAG